AUGGACUCAUCGACUACUGAAACAGUAUUACUGGCCAACUCUCCAUAUCAUAACCCAGUGCUCAAUGUUGUCGAUACCAGAAAAAAACAAAAGAUUCUUGAAAUACUUAAAGAAUAUAUUUUAACGUUUUCUAAACUCAAGAAAAUUAUUGAUUCCAUGAGUGAAGAGAUAAGACACGGAUUAGAGGCCAAUCCGUUGCGAAAGUCAUGCCUUUAUAUGUGUAACUCGUUUCUAACGGAAUACCCGGACGGGACAGAAAUCGGCGAUGUAUUGGCUAUGGAUAUUGGGAACAGUAAUUUGCGGAUUAUGUUAUGUCGACUAAAACCGGGAACAGAACCAGAAUUUCGUGUCCAAUACUACGAACUAAAUGCUGAUCAAAGAUCGGGAACAAGUGCUGAACAGUUAGCUUUGGAUAAGUCAAAGAUAAAACAUUUAGGUAUUCAAACCAACUUUAUUGCUGAUGACAAAUGUGCCGUUCAAUUAUUACGCGAUGCCAUUGAACGCCAGAGUUUGGAUGUGCAGGUAAUGUCUAUAUCUAAUGACGUGACGGCUACUCUCAUGUAUGGUAUGUAUAUGAAACCUGAGACAUACGUUGGUGUUAUAAUGGGCUCCGGUAUGAAUAUUAGUUAUUUGGAAAAAGUAAAACAAAUUGAAAAGAUAGAUCCAAUUAAGACAUUUGGCAAACCUGUUGAAAGCAUUAUACUUAACACUGAGUGUGGCUUUCUUGGAGAUGACGGCGCUAUUGAUUAUGUAAAAACUCGAUGGGAUAUGGAGUUGGAUGAAGAGUCAAUGUCUCCACAUAUUUAUGGAUUUGAGAAAUUAGUCGGAGGUUUCUUUUUUGGUGAUCUUAUACGUCGUUCACUAUUAACGUUAGCCGAAAACCAACUGUUUGUCGGCGGACUCAUUACCGAUGCUCUCAAACAAAAGGAUUCAAUCAAAGCUCCGGACGCGUCGUUAGUCGAGAACGACAAAAGUGAUGACUUUGUGACUAAAUUACUUCAACGAUUAGGCUAUACCUCGGCUCAGAUAACCAAAGAUGACAUUGAAAUUGUGAAAUACUUGUGCUCUUUAAUUGCUGUCAGAAACGCACAAUUAAUUGCCGCCAUUAUUGUAUCGGUUGUCGACAGAAUCGAUAAGCCGUUUAUAAGAGUGGCAAUUGACGGCUCUUUCUAUAAAAAACAUCCAAAACUUCAUACUUUGAUCACUGAUUUUAUCGCUGAAUUGGUUCCGAUUGAUGAUAAAAAAGUCGAACUCUUUUUAGCCGAUGAAGGAAGUGGUAAGGGAUCAGCUCUUGUGGCGGCCGUUGCUGUAAAACAAAGACAAAAUAAUUGA